CGUUGUUCGCUUCUUCUUCACUUUUCUUUUGCAAAGGAAAACACACAUAAUGGCAAGAACCAAGCAGACCGCUCGUAAAUCCACCGGAGGCAAAGCCCCCAGGAAGCAGCUGGCCACCAAGGCUGCCCGUAAGAGCGCCCCGGCCACCGGCGGUGUGAAGAAGCCUCACCGUUACAGGCCCGGUACCGUGGCUCUCCGAGAGAUCCGUCGCUACCAGAAAUCCACCGAGCUGCUGAUCCGCAAGCUGCCCUUCCAGCGCCUGGUCAGAGAAAUUGCUCAGGAUUUCAAGACCGACCUGCGUUUCCAGAGCUCCGCUGUCAUGGCUCUGCAGGAGGCCAGCGAGGCUUACCUGGUCGGUCUGUUCGAGGAUACCAAUCUGUGCGCCAUCCACGCCAAGAGAGUCACCAUCAUGCCCAAGGACAUCCAGCUGGCCCGCCGCAUCCGCGGAGAGAGAGCUUAAGCUGUCUCUGCACUCAACACUCAACGGCUCUUUUAAGAGCCACCUCACUCUGCACUCAAA